UUUCUAAGUAGCCUCUGGGGUUUACUGUUCAGAGAUAGAGCUACAUUGUUUGCUACUGUGAACGAUCUUCGGUAAUUGUCUCGGGAACUUUUAAGGUCUAAGCUGUCGAUCAGUCAGACUGUAUAAGUAGACAUCGAACUCAGGCGAAACACAGUGUCUUGCUGGACUCAACUUCUUCCACACCAAACCUACCAUGACCAUCGUCCAACGUUUCCAGUUGAUUUCUUGCUUAGUUUUCUCUUUCUGCUGGAUCUCUAAAGGAUAUGUUAUUUACGACGAGGACAAAAGACAAGACCUGAUCCCCAUAUUGCGUCUGGGUAGAAGUUACUCGACACCUGUUGAUAAAUGGAAUUUUUUCCCUCGGAUCGGACGAUCUCCGGUUUUAAGUCUCCUGCCAUUUCCCUAUACCCCAGAAUAUUAUAGUUUCAAAAAUUAUGAGAAUGCCGACGACUUCAAACGCUCCCUGCCCAGUUUUACCCCUAGAAUCGGUCGGAAAAAGCGCUCUAUCCUCAACGAAGAUAGCGAUGACCAACAAGAAUGGCUUGACCUUAGCGAUUAUGAUAACCUGGGUCGAGGUGAUGUCCAGUUGCGAUCAGUUUUCGUCCCACGUAUUGGACGCUCGCCAGCAACUGAAGAAAUAAAGGAUGACACUAAACGAGUAGCUUUCACUCCUCGUAUAGGCCGGGCGCCAUUCAUUCCGAGAAUUGGACGAGCAGAUCCGGAAAUAUACAGGUCUUCCCGAACAGCUUUCACUCCUCGUAUAGGUCGAGCUCCAUUUAUCCCAAGAAUUGGCAGGUCCAGUAACUCCGCUGAUAAGGAGACUGAGGACUGAAGCCGAUAUCUAAUACCUGAAUCAUUGUUUUAAGGGUUUGUUUGUUUUUUCAACAGCAGUGAUGUCAGUAGAGAAUAUCGCACUAAAAGUAAUAAAUGAAAUGUAUGACAUUUCACAAAAAUCAAGAAUAAAACAACUUGUUAAGCA